AUGAGCAGAUCGGUUCAAGAGACCGAUUAUGAUGCUCUGUCGUGUAGAAUAAGUGCUAUUGUUAAGGGCUACAUGCCUUGUGAGGUACAGAUUCAGAAGUGCGGGUUUUCAAAAUACGCUGAGAUGCAUCUUGCGUAUGCGAAUGCACUGCGUUCAACGUCGCGCAGAGCUUACGGCAAGAUACGCAAAACGGUAGAAUCCGCGCUUCCGGUUAUAAAUUACGGCACUUAUUUGCGUACGGUGUCGAUUGACGCGGUUGUGUCCGAUUUUUUGGAGAAGAAGCGAGACAGCGAACAGCUGCAAAUACUUAAUUUGGGGUGUGGAUCAGAUUUGAGAGCUGCCCAGUUUUUAAAGAGAUUUCCACAAUGUAGAGUGGUCGAAGUUGACUAUUCGACAUCCGUGGCCCUGAAGAUUAAGACUUUAAAGGAAUCUCCGGAAUUGGUCGAGCUGUUCGCUGUAGGUAGCUCGGUAGCAUCUCAGUCCACAGAGCUCAUAACGGAGAGGUAUUGUCUGCUACCUUGCGAUAUCAGUAAGAUGGACCAAGUCACAACCAUGUUGUCAGUGCAUUUUAGUCCAGAUGCGCCAACUUUAGUCCUAACCGAAUGCGUUCUGUGCUAUAUGGCAGAGAAUCACUCGUCACAACUUAUCAAAACGGUGCAGGACUAUUUCAAUGAGGGUUGCUGGCUGUCCUAUGACCCCAUUGGGGGUGUCGAGGGUAAGGAUAACUUUGGGUCGAUAAUGCGAGACAAUUUAAGAGAAUCUCGACAAUUAGAGAUGCCCACACUCAUGUCUUUCAACGACCCAGCGGCUUAUGCAGCCAGAUUUGCAUCCGGUAGAGUACCCGUGCAAAUUCAAACCAUGUGGCAAUACUACCGCGUGAGCGUCACGUCGGAAGAAAAACAGAGAUUGAAAGCUUUACAAUUUCUGGACGAAAUUGAAGAGCUUCAGAUCAUGCUUUCUCAUUACAUUCUGAUGGAUGCUCGCUGGAACAAGGUCCGUCCUGCGUAA